AAUAGACACAAACUAUUGUAAGAUUUUAAUAAAGACCUUUGGCUUUUGGCUUACAAUAAAAUUCUGUAAUCUUGCUUAAUCAAAAUACUUAAUAAUAUUCUUUUAAGCUUUAACUUUAACACUUGGUAAGAAAAGAAACAUUUUAUUUUCUCUGGCUAAAGGCUUCUAAAAACACUUCAGCAAGUGCGAUGAAGCACUUUAAGGCUUACAGCGUACAUAUCUUUACAAAAGUAUCACGAUCAGUAAGAAUUUGUUUACCAAAUUAAGUGGUGUGUUACUAUGACAACAUUACGACUACAGUACAUUGAGUGUAUCGUGUUAAAUUUAUUAGAAAAAUGUCUAUUUUUAAAGUUAAGCAAUGGUGGUCAAAUGAUAAACAACAAAAUGAGCUGUCCAAUGAUGGAAUGCAAAAUGCUAACUGUCUUAAAAUAGAUAAGUUUAACUCUCACUCCGACAGCGAUUGUAUUAUUGUCGGUGAAGGAUCAUUAUUAAAAGUCUACAAACCGAUAGAGCAAGAAUCAUCAAAUACUUUAUUAGAAACUCAAUUGAUUGACAUUGUCCUGCAAAUAGAGACUGGAAAGUUUACUGGAAAUACUCAAGAUCGUCAGAUAAUAGUUUUGCAUCCGCAAAGCUAUGAAAUAUAUCAGUUACAAAGAAAGGAAGGCCACAUGGAAGCCGGUGAUCAAAACUAUUUUGAGCCAAUCAUGAAACAUUCUUUCACGAGAAAAGCAGAUAGCUUGACAUGCGGCCCCUUCGGUAACAUUAGGACGCGAGAUUUUAUCUGCAUACAAAGUUUGGACGGUAGUCUGAGCUUCUUUGAUCAGGACACGUUUCUGUUCAUGUGCUUAUUUAGUGACGUCAUUAUACCUUCACCUAUUUGUUAUAUUGCAAGUAGCGAUACCUUCGUCAUUUGUAAAUCGACCUGGCUACUGGAAAUAUACAGUUACCAACAGCUAAGAGAAUUUAGUGAGCUAAACUUGAGACAGAGUAAAAAGAAUAUUCCGCAAUGGGUUUACAACGCAGGCGAAGAAAUUUCACGAGUGCAAGUAAUUCAGACUAGCAGUAACUUCUCAAGUAUAUUAGCAUUAGGUGAGAGACAUGUCUACUGUUUCCAAGACAAUGGGCUGAUGAAGUACAUGAUAAAAUUUGAUUUUAUCCCGGUCUGCUUUUAUGCCUAUCUGAUAGGGUGGUACUAUGAGCCAGGAGCUCGACUGCUUGUAAUGGUGACGUCUGAUGAUUCCAAAUUAUUUAUCUAUGAAGGAACAACCUUAUUGUGGUCUUGUUCCUUGUUAAGUCCAGCGAUAUGUAUAUCCAGAUGCUUCUUAAAGUCCUUACCUGGUGGUCUGGUCACACUCUCGAGUAAUGGAAUAGUCAAUGUUGGUUACAUAGGCACCGAGCCUGACCUCAACUCAAAUGCUCCAACAAUGAUUAAUGACGUCACUGAUCCGGAACAAGUUCAGGCUGAAUUGGAAGUAGCCGAGGAUUCUUUAAGAAAUAUAUUAAACAAUAAUGACGAUGCAGACCAUAGAAGAUCAAUCGUGGGCGAGAUACUCAAAAUAAAAGCUGAUGUAGGCAAACCAGUCCAAAAUUUAUUUCAGGAAUUUAAUAACGAAAAUAACGAAGCACUUCAUUUAUUGAUGUGUCCAGUCGUGAUCAUGCUAUCGUGUGACGAUCCUAAGUAUAUUCAAAGUGUUCAAGUGACUUACAUUUGCUCAUCACCGUUUUCGUGUUCCGAAUCAACAGUAUGUUUGGAUGGUGUUAAUGGUACAGAAAUCAUUGAGAACCAAGUGUUCCUAACGUGUGAAGCUGAUGUAUCUGAGAGUUGGGUCAAAAUAUUAUUUUCUGUAACCGAUAAUACUGGAAAAAUUGUUGUACUGAACAGGAAAGUUUUGCUGCCGCUUAGUCUUUACUGCACACUUUCUGAAACUGUUCCGGAAAGCCGCUACAAGUUACGCAUUCAAACAAAUCAUUCUUGCAUAGAAUUUUCAAAGAUAUUUACAGACUUUUCCGAAGAUGAGAUUAAGAAACACGGCGACAUUUUAACAUUCAUGUACAGAUCUACAAAACGGACUGUCACAAUAAAAACGGAUGUUGAACAAUACUCAAUGGAGGCGGAUGACUUCACUGAAAUAACUUCAAUUCUAGACAAUUUUUUAAUUCGAUUGUCAGAUCACUACAUAAGAAUGGGCAUCAAGGAUUUCAGAUUCCAGAUAAAACUUGACAAGGAAUUUGUAAAGCAACUUGUUCAUCGGUUCCUAAAAUGUGUUGAAAUGCAUGCUAAGGAACGGAUCAAAUUGAAAGAUUUGGAGGACGAGCUGAACGUCCGUCAGAAACAGUUUACAUUGGUGCAACGAAGGUUAUUAGUACAAUAUGGUUCUUUGCCACCAGGAGAUUGCGAUCCCUUGGAAUAUCUUAUGAAAGACACACAUCAAAGUCUCAUUAAAGUAGUACACCAAAUAAUAGACUGCAAGGAGGCUGUGUGCAGAGCAGGCAGUAGCUUAACCAGUGUGGGUCAUCUCAUCAUUUAUGUUUUGAAGCAAUUCAGUCAAGAUGACUUAAAGAUAACGCUGGUAGAAGAAAUGCUGUCACUGGGUUCACUUUACGAACAUUAUCAAGAAUGGGAAGAAGCUGUUACUCAAGCUGUAUCUUAUAUUUUGAAUAAUUUGUUUAAAAAUACCGAAAAGGAUAAAGAAAAGCUAGCUCCUGUGACCGAACAAGGUAUUUUGUCACAUAUCAACCUAAAAAGGUUCGUAAAGCAAAUGAAAAUGAUACUUGACAAAAUGUUUAGCGAAGCAUUCGAGAACGAUGACGCAGGAAAGACUGAUGAUAAAGUGACGCGGAUUGAAGAAUUAGUUGAAGUGAUAUAAUUUAACAAUCGUUAAAACUUACUGCAUUCCCUUUAAAUUUUAAUUUUAUGUUUCAAUAAACUGAACUAUAGAAACA